UAGAUCUAGUGACUUGUGUCCUAUACUCCUGUAGUGAAAGUUAAAAUCAGCUGAAGUAUGUUAAUUAGGAAUAGAACUAGAGAAUAAAAACAAGUGUUAAAACUGUUGGUGCUUCCUGAUGUCAGGCUAUGGUAUGGUGCCUGGUACCCAGUCCCCAGCUGUUCUGAUGCAGAUACCUUUACUUCUGCUGCUGAUUGUGGGACCAGGAACUUCAAAUCCAGUUCCUCAUUAUAUUAUGCAGAAGGAAGGAGGGUUUAAACUCCUGCUUGUUGACGAUCCUGAGGAAAGUGCUGAUGUAUUUAAUAUCACUAGUGCUGAAAAUAUCAGUGACGCAUUAGAGAAGAAUUCUGGUGGAAAUCGUCUUGAUUUUGGACAUGAAUUCAAAGCCUCAGGAAGUGCAGAUGUGAAUAAAACAGGAAAUGAAGUAGAAUCAGAGGCCUCGAAAGUACAGCAGAAUGCGACGAAAACAAUCACUGAAAAUGUGUUAUCAAAGAAUGAAGUUAAGAAUGAAAAAGAAAAUGUAGACCUUGAAGAUUCUGAAGAUGUUGAAGAUGUUGAAGAAGCUGAGGAAGAAGAUUAUGGAGGCAAUGAAGAGAAAGAAGAUAGUAAAGGGAAAAAAGAUGAUGAAAAGAAAGAAGAUUAUGAAGAUAAAGAAGAUGAUGAAGAGAAAGAAGAUGAUGAAGAGAAAGAUGAUAAUGAAAAGAAAGAAGAUGAUGAAAAGAAAGAAGAAGAUGAUGAAGACGUCAUAGAGGAAGAAAAAGUUAAAGAUGAAGAAAAUGCUGAAGAAGGUGAAUUCGAAAAUGUAGAACAAAGUCUGGUUGGAGAGAGUGUUGUGGGGCUAGCAGGACAUGACUACACAGACGAAACCCGGAAACGCUCAACUAAACAUAAAAAAUCUAAUCAAUCUAAACAUAAGCCAAAACACAAAACAAAACCGACUCCCAAGCCAGAUUUAACCAUGGCAUUUGAACCAUGUGAAGAAUUUUGUGGCGCCUUGUAAAGUUGUAAUCUAAAUAUAGUGAUAGAAUACAUUUCGACAAAUAUUACUUUUCUCAAAUAUU